GUCACGCGUUAAAGCGAAACAACUCACGCAUUUGUAAAUCGAAAGGAGCAUUCGCGAUUUUGUUUUAUAUCUACGCAGGAGUUGAUUCAAAUCUAACUUUGCUUUAGUAAAAAUGAUUAAGCAAUAUUUUGGUAGCUCGUCUGAGAUAUUUGGACUUAUUGGAGCCUUAACUAUAGGCUUCUUAGCUUUCAAAGUAGCAGUUGGGCUGUUUCGAUUUUUAAGUGUUCACUUUUUAUCUCGAGUGUUUCCACUAUCUGGAGAUCUAAAGAAAGCCGGAUCAUGGGCAGUAAUUACUGGCAGUACAGAUGGCAUUGGCAAAGCUUACGCAGAACAACUUGCUGCAAAGGGCCUUAAUGUUGUGUUGAUUAGCAGGACUAUAUCUAAGUUGACAGAAGUGGCAAAGGAAAUAGAGGAGAAAUACAAAGUUAUCACUCAAGUUAUUGCCGCAGACUUUACUCAAGGCAACAUAUAUGAGGACAUCAAAUCUCAGUUGGCCAGUCUGGACAUUGGUGUGUUGGUCAACAAUGUGGGCAUGUCAUACGAGCACCCUGAGUACUUUGGAGAUGUCAAUUCACCUAAUUUUGUUCAGAAUAUGCUACACAUGAACUGCACCUCAGUAGCUAAGAUGACUGAAAUUGUCUUACCAUGUAUGUUGAAAAAGAAAUGUGGCUACAUUAUUAACUUAGGUUCCAGUGCUGGAAAUAGUCCAACCCCUCUACUCGCACUUUACUCAGCCACCAAGGCUUUUGUAGCUACAUUUAGCAGUGCUCUACAGUUAGAGUACAGUGAUAAAGGCAUCACUAUACAGUGCAUAGUUCCAUUUUUUGUGGUUAGCAAGCUAAGCAAAGUGCGUAACCCCUCACUGUUUGUACCCACACCAAGCACUUUUGUCAGGAGUGCCCUCAGAACAGUGGGUCUUCAGGCUCACACCUCAGGCUAUUGGCCACAUGAGAUCCAGGACAUUGUUGUGUCCAAGUUGCCCACCUACUUUGUCAAGUCAAGCUUACUCACCACAAGAGCCAAAGCUUUAAAGAAAAAAGCAACUACCAGCAAAACAGAAUAGCUUUGAAAUCUAACAUAUCAUUUUAACUUUACAGUGAUUGUUAAUGUUUUUGUAUUUUAAGUAUUUCCUGCUUUGAAAAUUCAAAAUGUUGUGCUUUGAAGUUUAUUAAACUUGAAAGCACAUUAUGUCUUUUUAUAUAGAAAAGUGUGCAUUUGGACAUCCUUUUUCUAUUUCAUCUUGAUGGUUGCUCUUGUAUGAUAGUAAUUUUAGUGAAAAGUUUUGUUUGUUUUAAACUAGUAUUUUUUCUUCUUAGGUUGUAUGCUUGAUCAUAUAAAAGUUUCAUUGUUCCUUUAUAGUUCUUUAUUAUUUUUGGAAGCAAAAUCAUUUUUAAAAAUUUCAUUUACUGGCACUGUUUAGAGUUUUAUUUCAGACCAGUUAGAUAAAAUUACAUGCCUUUUAAAAACAGUCCUAGGCAUACAAUGUUUGAAGACACAAAAUUAGAAUCACCUAGAAAGGAAAGAAUUAGGGCAUACAAAAUGAAAAUUGUUAAAGUAAUUGAAAGAUCAUAUUUGUAAUUGACUUGUACCCCAACACCUAUACGUAAUAGGGGAUAGAAUGUUCAUGUCGUACAGAUCACUGCCAAAGUCUGUUAACUUGCUAAUGUUUAUAUUAAAAAUGUGUAGAAGGAUACAGUAUUUUUUUCUCCAAAAUCUUAAGAUAAUAAAGUUUCAGUUUUUAAAACAA